UUAUCAUUGGCUGUUCGUGUCGUUUGUCAAAACAUGGUUGGAAUGUGUUCUAUCGACAUUCUAUCGACUACGUCUCAUAUUUCAGUCGAGGAAAAGUUAUAUUGCGAUUGAUAUCAUUAUUGUUUUAUCGCCCAGCCCUAUCUCUGUGUAUUAAUAUUGUCCAUGGAUGCGGCCUGCGGGGCCCCUGGUAGCGUCUCCCCGCUUCAGCUCAUCCACAGUAACGUUGCUGUCCUUGUGUCCUCAGGCGUCCGUCCUGGAGAACCUCCGCCUGGCGGUGCGCUCUCAGCUCGGCUUCACCUCCCUCAGACUGCCGUCCUCUGGUCGUCAUAGCAACCUGUGGCGCCGUCUCUUUACCUUCUCACGGUCGCGGCGGUCGGGCUCGUUGGCUCUAGUCUCUGCAGACCUGGAGGACAGCGCCGGCACUGGGAGCACUGGGAGCUCUGGUUCAGACCUGCUGUCUCCGGACUCGGACGACACAGACACUGAGGGCGAGCGGGGGAGGGAGCGAGGCCUGGGCGCCGUGGGCGGGCCCGUCGCCCCCCUUCCCCAGAAGACCCCACCCUCCACUGCAGUGGAGGCCGUGGUGUCCGUGACGACAUCCUCAACUUCGGUGACCCUGCCACCAGGCCAUGACGGCGAUAGUCCCAGAGAAGCCCCGCCCCCUUCCGGCCCUGUCGCCGUGGUAACCUCCAGCCCGGAUCCCAAUUGCCAAAGCGACACCUCAGAGCUUCAGGCUCCACCCACCUCUGCCCUGCAGCGGUUGGCCCAGAACCUGCACCGCCUCGCCAGGAACCUGACCAGAACCGGCCAGAACCAGCAGAACAACGCAUGGACCAAUCACAGUCCUCUGCACCAGCUGGAGACAGGAAGGGGCGGGGCCGAGGAGCAGCGAGGAAACAGAGAAGAAGAAGAAGAUGUGGAGCUCCUGAUCCCCGUCUCCGAUUCUGACUCCGCCUCCUCUCUGAUCAGUGACAUCCGACAGCCGCUGCUGGAGCCGCACCUCUCCGCGGGCCACGCCCCCCACCAUCACCGUGGAAACGUUGGGCGAGGAGGACGGGACGGCCCCUGUGAACACUGCGGGAUGGUGCACACGGCACAGAUCCCCGACGCUUGUCUGGAGGCUGGCGGCGGCAAGACGGAGAGCAGCGACGACGAGCUGCUGCUGCUCUGCUAACUGACAGGCUAUCUGACAGCUAACAGGCUAACUGACAGCUAAC